CAGAAUUUGAAUCCUGCAUUGCCAGUGCUUUAAUCAUACUUCCACAUAAACGAAACUCAGUCAAAUACUGCCAGUGCCAGCACAUCCACAAUCAUGGAGGAAACAGCUCCAGCUCUUCAUUCAAGUGGAUCCACAGAUGUGGAGUGUAAUGCGUGCGUCGGAAGGAAACGCAAAGCUGAUCAGACCUGUCUGGAGUGUGUGGAAUCAUACUGUGAAAUGCAUCUUGAUUUGCAUAACACUUUGCACGGAAAGAGGCACAGACUGGUGGAGCCGAAAGCAACCUUGCAGGAGAACAUCUGCCCUGACCAUGGCAGGAUGCUGGAGUUGUACUGCCAAACAGACCAACGCUGCAUCUGUCACCUGUGCAUUACUGAGAAACACAGAGGCCAUAAUGUCAUCGCAAUGGAAGUGGAGGUGGCCAAUAAACAGGUUAAGUUGGAGGAGUUGCAGAAGCAAAACCUUGACAUAAUUGAAGCAAAGGAGAAAGAUGUGCAAGAGCUGAGACAAGCUGUUGAAAUUUUCAGGGCCUCAGCAAAUAGGGCACUGGAGAAGAAUGAGGGAGAGUUUACUGAGCUGAUCCAGUCUUUGAAGGACAAUCAAACCAAAGUGACAGAGCUGAUCCAAGGUCAGACACAGACUGCAGUGAAGCAAGCUGAGGGAUUCAUAAAGACUCUACUCCAGGAGAUUAGUCAUAUGAAGACCUCAGAUGCUGAUCUACAACACCUGCAGCUGCUCUCUCAUACAGGAAAUAAUGUUCGAUUUCUUGAGAGCGCUGUGUCUCUGCCCACACUGACCGAGUAUAAAAAACCAUUUGUCUUCCAUGUGCAUCCAUACAACUCUUUUGAGCGUGACUCCAUGGCAGUUAAUGAACUGACAAAAAAGCUAAACAUGACCUCCAAGUUGAGUUUACUGACAAUUUCCAGAAAAGUGAAAAAUACUAGAAUCGUAACAUCCCCACCGCCAAAGACUCGAGAGGAGUUUCUACAGUAUGCAUCAAAGCUCACUUUUAAUACCAACACAGCCCAUGAAAGUCUCAUCUUAAAAAAAGAUGACAGAGAGGUGUUGGCCUCACACCUGAUCCAGGACUAUCCUGAACAGACUCAGAGGUUUGACUCCAGGGCACAGAUCCUGUGCAAUGAACGUCUCAGAGGGUCGCCUAAAUAUUGGGAGGUGGAGUUUGGUGGGGGCACUUGGGUCUGCAUUGCUGUGUCCUACCAAGGUAUCCGUAGGAAAGGCAAGCAGCGUACUCUGUUUGGGAGAAACUCGCACUCAUGGGGAAUACGUUGUAACUGGUCCUGGAUUGAAUUUUGGCAGGACAAUAAGAAAAUUUUUUCGAAGAUUAAAUCUUGUGGCUCCAAAAUAGGAGUGUAUUUGGACUACAGGGCUGGAAUCUUGGCAUUUUACGAUGUGUCCGACAACAUGAGUCUCAUUUAUCAGCACAAAACUGUUUUCAGAGAGCCUGUUUUUCCUGGGUUUGGACUGGCAGGGAAAGGGUCCUAUGUGAGACUUUGUGAUCCAGUGAAAAAUGAGACAAAUGCCCACUAAAAUGCCCCUUUCUUCUCCA